UACAAUAUGAGGAAGCCUGAGACAUCUCCAAAAAACAAUUCCAAUAACAAGCUUAGAAAAGGGUUGUGGUCACCAGAGGAAGAUGACAAGCUCAUGAACUACAUGCUAAACAGUGGACAAGGUUGUUGGACUGAUGUGGCCAGAAAUGCUGGCUUGCAAAGAUGUGGCAAAAGUUGUCGGCUUCGAUGGAUCAAUUACUUGAGGCCUGAUCUUAAACGAGGCGCAUUCUCACCCCAAGAAGAACAACUCAUCAUCCAUUUCCAUUCCCUUCUUGGAAACAGAUGGUCUCAAAUAGCGGCACGCUUACCUGGGAGAACCGACAAUGAAAUUAAGAACUUUUGGAAUUCAACAAUAAAGAAAAGACUCAAGAACUUGUCAUCCACAACCUCACCAAACACAAGCGAGUCCUCAUAUGAGCAUAACAAAGACCUUAAUAAUAUGGGAGGGUUUACUUCUAUGCAAGAUCAUCAACAUGCUGACUUUAUGCCUAUGUUCAGUUCAUCUCCAUCACCAUCAGUGCAAACCACAGUUCUCAAUACCAUAAUUGACAGGUUUCCUAUAAUAGAGCAUGGACUAAACAUGCCAGCUUUUGGUGGAUUCUUCAACGGUACAGGGCCAUGUUUCUCACAGAGUGGAGUUAACAGCAAAGAUUUUUAUUUUGAAAAUAGAGUUUUUGGGAAUGUAAAUAUUGGGGCAGAAGGGGAAAUGUGUGUUCCUCCUCUAGAGAGUGUUAGCACUAUUUCUGACCAUAACCUGAAAGUGGAGAGUGCAUGCAAAGGAGAUACUAAUAGCAAUAGUUACUUUGAUGACAUAAACAGUAUUAUUAAUAACAGCAAUAUUAGCAACAAUAAGAGAGGUGAAAUUAGAACUGGGGUGGAGAAUUUGUUUCAAGAAGAGUUAAACAUGGGAGAGUGGGACUUGGAGGACUUGAUGAAAGAUAUUUCCUCCUUUCCCUUUCUUGAUUUUUCAAACUGAUGCAUUAAUGGGAGAGUGUUCUCCCUAGCUAGCUUUCCCUUUCUUU